AUGGGAGGUCGCCGGUGGAAUAGUGCUGCUUCAGCUACUCUCGUUAUCCUUCUCAUCGUCUUUGGGUUCUGCAUUUCUUCAUGCUUCACCGACGCUGCAAGGAUCCAUGCGGACUUCAUCGUCAGCUCCUGCCGAGCAACCACGUUCCGGCGCCUCUGCGUCGACUCGCUCUCCCCCUACGCCAACGUCAUCCGGGACAGCCCCAUGGAACUCGCCCGCUCCGCCCUCUCGGUGAGCCUGUCAGGGGCGCGGUCCGCGGCGGCGGCUGUGUCGAAGCUGGCGGCCGACGGGACCCUGGCGCCGAGGGAGGCAGCAGCGGUGAAGGACUGCAUGACCACCACGGGAGACUCGGUGGACGAGCUCCAGAGGUCGCUGGAGGCGAUGGGAAACCCCAAGGGGAAGGGCGAGGCGGUUGUGGGGCUGCGGUUGGACGACAUCCAGACGUGGGUGAGCGCAGCGCUGACGGACGAGGACACGUGCAUGGACGGGAUCGGCGGCGGCCGCGGCAUGGGCGGGGUGGUGAAGAUGGCCAUCAGGAGGCAGAUCGUGAACAUCGCGCAGCUCACCAGCAAUGCCUUGGCGCUCAUCAACGUGCUCAACUCUGCUUCUCCAUGA